GCCACUUCUCUUUGGUAUCAUAGUAGGAAUGGCUCCUCAGAGUGUGCAAGGCAAUGCCAUGAGCUUGGUUUUAUCCCGGGAGGCGAAGCCGAGGCUGAAAUGGACUGCAGAGUUGCACGAGACAUUCGUCGAUGCAGUGCAGCAGUUAGGAGGUGCAGACAAGGCCACACCUAAGUCGCUGAUGAAGGCGAUGAACAUUCGCGGUCUGUCUUUGUACCACCUCAAGAGCCAUUUGCAGAAAUACCGACACGGGAAAAGUCAUCAGUCGCAACACUCUUGUCACACCAGGCAACAAGACUAUAGCAAGCCCCCGGAUCAGAGGAGUCAUGUACUUACAGAAAGUUGUGAUGCUAUGCAAACACAGAAGAAUGAGGAACUGCAGAUAGCUCAGGCUUUGCAGGUGCAAAUGGAAGUGCAGAAGACAAUACAUGAACAGAUUGAGGUUCAGAGGCAUCUCCAGCUGAGAAUUGAAGCUCAGGGAAAGUAUCUCCAGUCUGCUCUAAAGAAAGCACAGGAAAUCCUCUCGAAAGCCGAAAUCUCCCUUCUAAUCUCCCCAAACAUGGUGGAUUUGGGGUGCCAAAGCUCUUCAGAAUCAGGGCUGACAACUGAAGCGGGACAUCCAACGUUAAAAGACAAAGAAAACAGCGAACCGAUGGCAACAUUGGAGAGCUGCGAAAGGGAAGAAGAAACUGUUGAGAAUCCAUCUGAUAAGAAGAGAUUCAGAGGCAGAAGAUAUGAUGAUAAUGAAACAUUGAAAAGUUCAUCAGGGUUGUUGGAGAAUCUUGAUUUGAAUGUAAAGAGUACUGUGAAUAAGUUUGAUGAUACUACAGACUGUAAAGUAAUUGAUUUGAACCGCGAAUGGGUAUGAUUUGCUGCUGGAAAGGAAAUUGUAUGAGCAGAUGCUCUGUAAGGCUAUAUAUAUAUAUUUGUGUGUGUGGAUAUUCCAAAUUAAAGUGGUUGGAUCCUAGGAUGAGACCAUGAUGUUCAUAGAAACUUUGCAGGUUCUUUAAUGUUUUGUUGAUUGGUACAUUGAAUGUUUAUCUAAAUUUAGAUACAAAA